AUUGAGGGGUGUGUGUGUGUGUGUGUGUGUGUGGAACGACGUGCCUUCCGUGAGCCUCCGAGGUCUCUGCCUUCUCUUCCAAUGGGCUGGUUACAACACAGAGGAUGUGGACAGUGGAGUUUUUCCUGUUUGAUGUCACACAUCUACCCUUUAAAAAUCCGAGGGAAAAAAGGAGGGAAUCCAGCCUAGGAUCCUCACGCCAGAUACCCACAAAGGAGAAGAGGAGAAAAAGACCAGGGAGUCAGGGAGGCAGUGUCAGGUUUCAAACUCUAGUCAGCCAUUCAGAGCUCCGUGAUGUCAGGGACCCGCCUUGGGCUCCUGGUCUCUGUCCUGUGCUGGGUAGUCAGAGCCUAUCCUAACACCUCCCCGCUGCUGGGCUCCAGCUGGGGUGGCCUGACCCACCUGUACACGGCCACAGCCAGGAACAGCUACCACCUGCAGAUACACAAGGACGGCCAUGUGGAUGGCACACCGCAUCAGACCAUCUACAGUGCCCUGAUGAUCAGAUCGGAGGAUGCCGGCUUUGUGGUGAUAACAGGUGUGAUGAGUCAGAGGUACCUCUGUAUGGACUUCAGAGGCAAUAUCUUCGGAUCGCACCUCUUCAGCCCCGAGAGCUGCAGGUUCCGACAGCGGACGCUGGAAAACGGCUACGACGUGUACCACUCCCCGCAGCACCGCUUCCUAGUCAGCCUGGGCCCGGCCAAGAGGGCCUUCCUGCCGGGCACCAACCCUCCGCCUUACUCCCAGUUCCUGUCGCGGAGGAACGAGAUCCCCCUCGUCCACUUUAACACCCCGCGGCCGCGGCGCCACACCCGCAGCGCCGAGGACGCCGAGCGCGACCCGCUGAACGUGCUGAAGCCCAGGCCCCGCAUGACCCCCGCGCCGGCCUCCUGCUCCCAGGAGCUCCCAAGCGCCGAGGACAGCGGCGUGGUGGCCAGCGACCCGUUAGGGGUGCUCAGGGGCAACAGGGUGAACGCGCACGCCGGGGGGAUGGGCGUGGAGAGGUGCCGCCCCUUCCCCAAGUUCAACUAGGGAGACCAGGAGCGGAAGCCGUGGCCGAGCCGUCCCUGCGAAAGCCGCACG